GCCUCCGGGGGCCCGGGCACCAGUGGGCGCUGCUGUCUUGUUCCACUGCCACCGUGCUCGGACGCGAUGAGCUGGGAGCUGGUGCUGUGGCUGCUGGCGCUGUGCGCGCCCCUGCUGCUCGUGGUGCAGCUCGUGCGCUUCCUGCGGGCCGACGCCGACCUGACCCUGCUGUGGGCCGAAUGGCAGGGGCGACGCCCAGAGUGGGAGCUGACCGACAUGGUAGUGUGGGUGACCGGAGCGUCGAGUGGCAUUGGCGAAGAGCUGGCUUAUCAGUUGUCUAAGCUAGGAGUUUCUCUCGUGCUGUCAGCCAGAAGGGUGCAGGAGCUGGAAAGGGUGAAGAGAAGAUGCCUGGAGAACAGCAAUUUAAAAGGAAAAGAUAUCCUCGUUUUGCCCUUUGACUUGACUGACAGAAGUACACACGAAGCGGCCACCAAAGCCGUUCUCCAGGAGUUUGGUAGAAUCGACAUACUGGUCAACAAUGGAGGAAGAACCCAGCGUUCUCUGUUUGUGGACGCCAGCGUGGAUGUCUUCAAGGAGCUCAUGGAGCUUAACUACUUAGGGACGUUGUCCUUGACAAAGUGUGUUCUGCCUCACAUGAUCAAGAGGAAGCAAGGGAAGAUUGUUGUUGUGAACAGCCUGGCGGGUGUCACCUCCGUACCCCUUUCCAGUGGAUAUUGUGGCAGCAAACAUGCGCUGCGGGGGUUUUUUAAUGCUCUCCGCACUGAACUUACUGCAUAUCCAGGUAUAAUCAUUUCUAACAUUUGCCCAGGACCUGUGCAGUCAAGUAUUGUGAAGAACGCCCUAACUGAGGAAGUCACAAAGAUUGUAGGCCGUGAUGGAGACCAGUCUUACAAGAUGUCGACCAGUCGUUGUGUGCGGCUGAUGUUAAUCAGCAUGGCCAAUGAUUUGAAAGAAGUUUGGAUUGCUGACCAGCCUUUUUUGUUGAUGGGAUAUCUGUGGCAGUAUAUGCCAACCUGGGCCUGGUGGGUUGCCAACAAAGUUGCGAAUAAAAGGAUUGAGACCUUUAAGAGUGGUAUGGAUGCUGACUCCUCGUACUUCAGCACCCUGAAGAAGAAAAGCAACUGACAAGAGGACUUGCGUGGCGCCAGGCUCUGGAGGGGAAUGGGGGAACCGUGAGAACAGCAGCCGUCUCACACGCUCAAGACUCCCCC